CUAGUACAAAAUCCAAACAUUUGCACAAUGUUUGACCUUUUCGGUCUAAAGCCAUCCUUGGUGUUCUAAGUUAGAGCAUUUGCACAAUGUUCGGUCUUUUAGAUUUGGACAUUACUGCGGCCUAGCAUUCUGCUUUGGGCGGUAGGCCCACGUAAAUGUCGUUUGCGAACUCAACCUUGGCCCUCGGCUUGAGCCAUUCCAAGCUCAUAUGAAAUCCUUAUUCAGCCCAAUCGGACCGGCCCAUAGUCAUACCCAUAAACCCCUGCUGCCUUCUUCUCCAACCCCAAACCCUAGAGGCACGCCACCACAGGGUUUCUAUUUGAUUGAAAGGGUGACAGUUUGUUCAGCAAUCAAUGGCUCCUGCUAAAGCUGAUAGUUCAAAAAAGGCUGACCCAAAGGCACAAGCCGCAAAGGCUGCUAAAGCAGUCAAAUUGGGUGCAUCAACUUUCAAGAAGAAAGCGAAGAAGAUUAGAACGUCAGUUACCUUUCAUCGACCAAAGACAUUGAAGAAGGAAAGAAAUCCCAAGUAUCCUCGCAUCAGUGCUCCUUCAAGGAACAAGCUUGACCAGUAUCAGAUUCUCAAAUAUCCUCUCACCACUGAGUCUGCAAUGAAGAAAAUUGAAGACAACAACACUUUGGUUUUCAUUGUUGACAUUCGUGCCAACAAGAAGAAGAUAAAGGAUGCUGUUAAAAAGAUGUAUGAUAUUCAGACCAAGAAAGUGAAUACCCUGAUCAGGCCUGAUGGUACCAAGAAGGCGUAUGUUAGGUUGACCCCAGACUAUGAUGCCUUGGAUGUGGCCAACAAAAUUGGGAUCAUCUAAGGUAGGAUCUGUCUACAUUUCUGGUGUCUUCUUGAUCAAUGCUCCAGAGUAGGACAGUCCCACUAGGAUUUGAAUCAGCAGGGAGGGUUGUGAAGGGUUGUAAUGUUGUAGUACUGCUGGUAAUAUUUUGGUGUUCUGCAGGUUCUCUGCCAGUGAAACAGAGUAGGAUCUUUGCAUUUUUCUUGAAAUAUGGAAUUCACUUAAUAUAUCUUACUUUUUACUGA